AUGCGCAGGCGCCGCGGGGGACGGCGGGCGCGGGCGCGGAAUGCGGCCGCGUCGAGCAAUGACCGCGCCAGGGUCGCUUCCUUUACGAGAAACGCGGGCCGUCGUACUACAGCCGACGCCCGCACCGCUCCCUCCCCGCCGCCAUGGCCGUACCGUACUACAUGGCCCUCUCGCUUGCGACGCGCGCUUUUCGACCCG